AUGGGCGCUACAAACCCUGCCCUUUCUGCCCUCUCGGGCCCGACAUAUGUCACUGCCCAGACCCUGAUUCAGCAGGUUGCAUACUUGCUCAGUGACAAGAUCUUCUCGUACUCCCCCGAGACCUUCGACCUUGAUGCUGCCCUCCAGCAAUGGUCUGCGGCACAAGAGAAAAAUACCAGUGGAGAGUCUCCUGUGGUUAAGACCAUGGAGACCCGUCAGGGCGCUGGAAACAUGGCUCUCGGUUACCUCUUCUCCCAGGACUUUGACCUGAAGAAACGCCAUGUUCCCCAGGGAAUUGUGGCUUCUUCUGCCACUCUGCCCUACAUGCGCGCUGCUCUUGAGCAGCUCUCUCUGCUGUACUCUGUGGCGAGUCCGGUGGCGGCCCAUGUCGCUGCUGCCGACUAUGCCGGAGAGGAGGGACUCGUGUCUGACUACGCUUCCGCUCUUUCUCUGGCUGAGGACCUCGGUCUUGGUCUCGUAUCCAGUGCCUCUGCUCACGAGUCUCAACACAUGGCUCUGUUCACCACUCUGCUGGCUUCUGUCCUGCCCUCCAUCCACAUCUAUGAUGGUGUUCGCGUUGGACGCGAGACCACUCGCGUCAUUGAUGUCCUUGACAAAGAGGGCUUGGCCCGCGCUUAUGAGACCGUUCGCAAGACACUUGAUGAUUCUCGCAACCGUCACCUUGAUUCCGAGGGCAAGGUUUUGGAUCUGCUCAAGAGCCUGAACGGCGAACUUGGCACCGACUACGGUGCCUUUGAGUACCACGGACACUCGGAACCUAGCUCCGUCUUGGUCGUCUUUGGUACCGUGGAGGCUACUCUCGCGGCCCAGGUUGCUCGCUCCCUGGCCAAGAGUGGUGUUAAGAUUGGUGUCGUCAACGUCCGCGUUUACCGUCCCUUCAUCGAGGAGGAGUUCCUGCGUGUCCUGCCCCAGUCUGUGAAGACUGUUGGCGUCCUCGGACAGGUUGCCAAUGAGCAAGCUGUCCAAGAGGAGAGCGUUCACUCCGCUCUCUAUGACGACGUGCUGGCCGCUUUGACCUUUGCCACUGGCCGUGAGCACAAUCCCGGUUGUGUUGAGCUCAAGUACCCCCGCUCUCAAAUCUGGAACCAGAUCACCACUGCUGCUGCAUUCCAGCGCAUCUUCGACCAGCCGAUUCUCUCUAUCGACACUGUGACUGAUGAGGCCGCUCCUCUGCAGUUGCUGGACUCCACCGUCCAGGAAUACACCUUCUGGGAUGUCGACAGCUCAGUCACUGAGUCUGCCACUCAAACCUUGAGCCAGGCCCUUGCUGCUGAUUCUGCAAGCAAUGUCACCACCAGCAAAAUCCACGAUAACCUUGUGCAAGGUGGUGCUAUUCGCGUUGAUAUCCGCAAGAGCGCCAAGAUCGUUGACGCUCCCUACUCCGUCACCGCCGCUGACGUUUCCUACGUUGGAAACGUUGCACUGCUUAACGAUGUCGAUGUUCUUGCAUCUGUCAAAGACAAUGCUAAGAUCAUUGUGAGCGCUCCUGGUGUCAAGGAUGAGGAUCUCGAAAAGAAGCUGCCCGCUGCCUUCAAGCAGGCCAUUGCUCAGCGCGGUGUCUCGCUCUUUGUGGUCGAUUCGUCAGCCAUUGAAGGUGCCUCUCUCGAUGCCCUCAUCCUCCAGGCUGCCUUCUUCCGCGUUGCCCUUCCCUCCCAGGAAGCCGUUGCCACGAAGAAGCUGGCUUCUAUUUUGGGUAAUGCUGAGGCCUUGGACAACGUCAGCAAGGAUCUUGACAAGGUCCUUCGCCAGAUUGAGAUCCCCGAGGCUUGGAAGGAGCCUGAAGGUGUCAGCGAGGCACCCCAGCUCCCCAAGGACAUUUCCGCCAACAGCUUCGUUUCCUUCGACAAGGAGGAGACCGAGCAGCCAAGCGUACUUCGGGACUGGCAAACCGCUGCCCAGGGUUUGGCAUUCAAGGAGGCCUUCGGCACCAGAAAUGCUCUCCGCCCCGACUUGGCUACGAAGACUUUCACCGUUCACGUUAAGGAGAACCGUCGUCUUACUCCCGUCACCUACGACCGUAACAUCUUCCACAUUGAGUUCGAUCUUGGUAACACUGGUCUCACUUACGACAUUGGUGAGGCUCUUGGUGUCCACGCCGAGAAUGACCCCAAGGAUGUUUCGGACUUCAUCGCCUUUUACGGACUGAACCCCGACUCCAUCGUCGAGGUUCCCAGCCGCGAGGACCCCAACGUCUUUGAGAACCGUACUGUUUACCAGGCCCUGGUUCAAAACGUCGAUAUCUUCGGUCGCCCUCCUAAGCGCUUCUACGAGGCCCUCGCCGAGUUCGCCUCCGACGAGAAGGAGAAGACCGAUCUGAAGACCCUCGGUGGCCCCGAUGGUGCUGCCGAAUUCAAGCGCCGCGCCGAAGUCGACACUGUCACCUUCGCCGACAUCCUCCUCGACUACCCAUCCGCCCACCCCGACUUCCACGAGAUUGUCCGCAUCGUCGGUCCCCUGAAGCGUCGCGAGUACUCUAUCGCAUCGUGCCAGAAGGUCACCCCCAAUACCGUCGCCCUGAUGAUCGUCGCCGUCAACUGGGUCGCCCCCAACGGCAAGGAUCGUUUCGGUCUUGCAACCCGCUACCUGAGCAGACUGCAGGUCGGCUCCCCGAUCACCGUCAGUGUCAAGUCCAGUGUGAUGAAGCUGCCGCCCAAGUCUACCCAGCCCCUUAUCAUGGCUGGCUUGGGUACUGGUCUCGCUCCUUUCCGCGCUUUCGUGCAGCACCGUGCUCUCGAGAAGGCCCAGGGCAAGGAGAUUGGUGCCGUUCUCCUGUACAUGGGCUCCCGUCACCAGCGUGAGGAGUACUGCUACGGUGAGGAGUGGGAGGCUUACCAGGAGGCUGGUGUCAUCACCCUUCUUGGCGCUGCCUUCUCCCGUGAUCAGCCUCAGAAGAUCUACAUCCAGGAUCGUAUGCGCGAGAGCUUGGCUGAAAUCCGGAAGGCUUACAUCCAGGAGGAAGGUGCUUUCUACCUCUGCGGUCCCACUUGGCCCGUGCCCGAUGUUACUGCCGUCCUUGAGGAGGCUAUUGGUGCUGAGGCCAAGGCUAGCGGCAAGAAGGUUGAUACUCGCAAGGAGAUUGAGAAAUUGAAGGAUGAGGAGCGCUAUGUUCUGGAGGUGUACUAG